AUGAGCAGCCAGAUCUUCGAAGAGAGGCUCCGAGGAGCACCGUAUAUCCGAAAGGAGAGUUGCGUCCCUACUCCAUGUCCUGGAGAUUUUUUCCAGGCCGCGCGAGCAUUAGGUGUUUCCCUGGUCGCAUAUGGACCUCCUGGGCAUUGGCUAGAGGCCGAGUCUCAAGGUUCUCAAUUUCUAGAAGCGUUUAUCCCACUCGACCUCACAGGUAAUGCAGGGUUGCCGUCCCGUAUUGUAAAUGCCGUCAAAGACUAUCCGGAACCGAUUGACGGAAUCACCACUGUCACUGAAUUUCUGCUCGUGGCGGUGGCUCAGGCAGCCGAGCAGUUGAACCUAUCUACCUCACCAUCACAGGUGUACUCCAAAUCAGUGAACAAGUACCAAUGUCGGCUCGAAGACGGCUCGAACUCCUGUCUGCUUGUUCGCAGCACAGCGGAGCUUCACGACUUGGUCGCGACCAAUGAAGGAAGCGUGCCUGUACCAGGGCCCCCCUGGAUAGUUAAACCGUGCAAUGGCUGGCACAUUUUGAAUGUUGUCAAAGCCUCCAACUAUGAGGCUCUCCUGGAAGCCGUGCAGAAGGUCUCCAGCCAUGCCGCAUAUACCCGGGCUGCACCAGCAAGGAUGAUCCGCGCUGGCAAACGGGUUCUGUUUUUCGAAGUAAUUGAUAACUUUCCCUGCUCCGGGGAUGCGGGUGAUGGCUCCGGGAACUUCAAGGAGACGCAGCUACUGUUUCCUUCCGCGUUGCCGCGUGCCGAACAAAAUGCACUGCGCGACUCACUGCUCCAAUCGAUCCUCCGUCUAGGUUUUAGUUCGGGAGUUCUCCAUGUCGAGGCGCGAGUCCGCCACUCCAAUCACGAAUAUCGAGAGACUGACGGACAAACGAUGGAUUUGCACCCGAGACCGAAUCCACCAGCAUCAGAUCCAGGUAUCUUCCUGAUCGAGAUAAAUGCUCGUCCUCCUGGAUAUGUGGACACAUGUUCAAGUGCUUUUGCGAACGGGGUGGACCUCUUCGCGCCACAGACUCCCAUCGCGCUUGGUGAUGAAGAGCGUGUCCACGCCCUUUCACAACCGUUUCAGGUACCACCUCAUGUAGCCAUCGCAGCUAUCCAAGCAGAGCGGUCCGGAACUGUAGUAUCAGACGAUCCUUGGGGGGAUUUGAGGGAGAGAGAUCCAGCCCUAAUGGACCAUGUCGUCCAGCACGUUAUGAAUUUCGAGAAAGGCGAGCAUGUAGAGGAUCCUAGCCUCGAUACAACACCAUGGCUUUCGGCGUUCAUGGCAUAUUCGACUGCCAGCCGUGCAGAUCUCUUGAAGCUAUGCGCAGAUGUCAAGGCACGAUUUGUUUGCCGCAUUGAGUGA